AUGAAGGAGAUUUCAAAAUCUGGUGUGUUUUUAGGUAUCACUUUUGGUGGCAUCCUCCUAUCUGGAAGAGCACUACUCGGUGAUGACGAUGUUUUAUUAAUUAAAUCUUUAGAUACCAACAAGAAUGAAGAGAGAGUAGAAGGAGAUGAAGGUGUUGAGGAGGAUGAGAAGAAUGAGGUUGAGGUGAUCGAUUAUAGAUGUAGUAAUGUCUUGAAUAAUAUGACUUGA